AUGUCUUAUCCGCAAGACACCAAGCAAGAUGCGAACUCGGAUAUCGAAAAGAACAGCGCCUAUGGCCAAGUCGACGUCACGGCUCUGGCGCUCGCCCAGCCCGACUUCGACGACCCCAACAUGGACAAGGACGCCGCCAUUGCUGGUGUCCUAGAGGACGACUCGCCUUACCCUGAAGUCCGGUCCGCCGUUGCCAACACUGACGACCCCGACGUCCCAGUAUCUACCAUCCGAUCAUGGGUGCUCGGUGUCAUCUGGGCCAUCAUCAUCCCUGGCCUUAAUCAAUUCUUCUUCUUCCGUUACCCAUCGGUGACGGUGACUGGAAUUGUGGCCCAGCUUCUAAUCUUCCCGCUCGGUCGUCUGUGGGCACGCUUUGUUCCUAACGUCAAGAUUUUUGGCCAUUCCCUCAACCCCGGUCCGUUCUCGAUCAAGGAGCAUGUGUUGUCUACAAUCAUGGCCACUGUCGGUGCAUACAGCGCGUAUGCGACUGACAUUGUCGCCGUCCAACGAGUGUUCUAUAACCAGAACUACAACUUCUCCUACCAAUGGAUGGUCGUUAUGUCCACCCAGCUCAUUGGUUUCUCCAUCGGAGGAAUUGCUCGCCGCUUCCUUGUCCAACCGCCCUCCAUGAUCUGGCCCAACAACUUGGUCAUCUGCGCCCUCUUCAACACCCUCCACGCGCAGACAUAUGCUGGUGUCGGUAAUCGUGGCGGUGUCAGCCGAGAGCGCUUCUUCUUCUACGCCUUCGCCUGCUCCACCUGCUGGUACUUCUUCCCUGGCUACCUCUUCCAGGCCCUAAGCUACUUCUCAUGGGUUUGCUGGAUCGCGCCAAAUAACAUUGUCGUUAACGAGAUGUUCGGGUAUGUGCAUGGCAUGGGCAUGAGUCUGAUUACCUUCGAUUGGGCGCAGAUUGCGUACAUCGGUUCUCCGCUGGCGACGCCGUGGUGGGCGGAGGCCAACAUCGUCGCUGGAUUCGUAUUCUUCUUCUGGUUCCUCACACCCCUCCUCCACUACACGAACGUCUGGGAAAGCAAGUAUAUGCCAAUCUCUUCUCGUGGUUCUUUCGACAACACUGGCGGACGCUACAACGUUACCAAGAUCGUCAACCCCGACGCGACCUUCAACCAGCAGGAGUACGAGAACUACAGCCCGCUCUUCAUCUCGACGACCUUCGCCAUUUCUUACGGUCUCUCCUUCGCCUCGAUCGCCGCCACCCUUACGCAUGCUUUCCUGUACUUCCGCAAGCAGAUCUGGACCCAAUCUCGCCGUGCUAUGCAUGAGCAACCUGAUAUCCACGCCCGUCUCAUGGCUCGCUACCCUCAGGUGCCCGAGUGGUGGUAUGCUGUAAUUUUCCUGACCAUGUUCGCCUUCGGCGUCAUCUCCAUCGAAGUCUGGGAGACCAAGUUCCCCGUGCAAUGGUUCAUCCUCGCUCUGGUUAUCGCGUUCUUCUAUGUCAUUCCCAUCGGCAUGAUCCAGGCUAUCACCAACCAGCAAGUCGGCUUGAAUGUCAUUACUGAGCUGAUCAUUGGCUAUGCCCUCCCUGGACGCCCCGUCGCGAUGAUGAUGUUCAAGACAUGGGGUUACAUUACGAUGGCCCAGGCUUUGCAAUUCACAGCUGACUUCAAGCUCGGUCAUUACAUGAAGGUUCCUCCUCGUGCAAUGUUCUGGGCGCAGGUUGUUGCUACGGUCAUCGCUGGCACCGUCCAACUAGGCGUGCAAGCGUGGAUGUUCACCAAUAUUCCCGACAUGUGCGACCCCGACCAGAAGGACGGCUUCAUCUGCCCUUCGACUGAAGUAUUUGGUACUGCUUCGAUCAUUUGGGGAGUUAUCGGCCCUGCCAGACAGUUCUCCAAGGGACAGGUGUAUUACGCGCUUACGUUCUUCUUCCUCGUCGGCUUCGUCUGCCCUGUCAUCACCUACCUCUUCAGCUUGAAAUUCCCCAACAGCUGGCUGCGAUACCUCAACUUCCCCGUCAUCUUCUCCGGCACUGGCCUCAUCCCUCCUGCCAGUGCGGUUAACUACGUCCCCUGGGCGAUCGUUGGUUUCACCUUCCAAUAUGCCAUCCGCCGCCGCCACUUCUCAUGGUGGACCAAGUACAACUACGUGUUGUCUGCGGCCCUAGACUCGGGCGUCGCCAUCGCGGCGGUGCUCAUCUUCUUCAUGCUCCAGUACCCCAGGAAUGGGACGAUUGGAGAGAACACUAUCCAGAAGUGGUGGGGCAACACCGUGCCCUUCAACACGGCAGAUGCGGCGGGUACGCCCUUAUUAACUGUCGCCGAUGGCGAUUUCUUUGGACCUCGCACUUGGCAUUGA